UAAAUUUUCAGGUCAAGGUCACCAUGGCGGCUAUACGGACUGUUAGCCGACGAUGCAAUGGUUUAUUUCGUUGUGUACCAAAAAUUACAAAUGAAAGUGUAUCAAAUUGGUUCUUGUAUGAAAGCAAAUGUUCAUAUCUACAUGAGCAUCACUUCAAACCAUGUCAAUUAUCCCAUAGGACACAGAGUUAUCGUUAUUUAUUUCAACUACCCAAAAUAAAGAAUCCUCUUGGAAAGGGAAAAAGACAGGAAUAUUCAGAGCGACGAAUACUAGGAUACAGCAUGGACCAGAUGUACUCGGUUGUAUCGGAGGUCCAGCAUUAUAAGGAGUUUGUUCCAUGGUGUAAAGAAUCCAUAAAAUACGGGGAAAGACCAGGGCACUGCCUGUGUAAAUUAGAGGUGGGCUUCCCCCCUCUGGUAGAACGAUACACGUCAAUAGUGACAUUAGCAAAACCAAAUCUAGUGAGGUCUGAGUGCACUGAUGGGAAGUUAUUCAACCAUAUGCUGACUGUAUGGAGAUUUCGACCUGGGCUGCCGGACCAUCCCAACACUUGUAUUCUAGACUUCUCCGUAUCCUUUGAAUUUCGAUAUGCUAUACACUCCCAACUGUCCCAGGUAUUCUUUGAUGAAAUCAUCAAGACAAUGGUGAAUGCUUUUCUGAAGAGAGCCAAGGAAAUAUAUGGACCAGAGACAAUUAAAAACAAGCAACUCAAAGUGACCAUGUCUAGUUGAUGAAGGCUUUACUUAGGCCUAAAUUUGUUAAUAGCCUGUGAAACCUUGUUAAAAAUUGUUUUAUGACUGCAUGUUGCCAUGAUUUUAAUUCAAGAUAGUGCUUGAUUUCAACUACAAACACCAGGAUUAUCUGUAAUAUUACAGGUGUGAUUGAGGAUUAUCUGUAAUAUUACAGGUGUGAUAGAGGAUUAUCUAGUGUGAUUGAGGAUUAUCUGUAAUAUUACAGGUGUGAUCGAGGAUUAUCUGUAAUAUUACAGGUGUGAUCAAGGAUUAUCUGUAAUAUUACAGGUGUGAUCGAGGAUUAUCUGUAAUAUUACAGGUGUGAUUGAGGAUUAUCUGUAAUAUUACAGGUGUGAUUGAGGAUUAUCUGUAAUAUUACAGGUGUGAUUGAGGAUUAUCUGUAAUAUUACAGGUGUGAUAGAUGAUAUUUCACUCCCAGUGCCAUUACCAGGAAAACAACUCUCUACAGAUAUGAAGAAGUGUUACAAAGGACUGAAUGUAAUUUGGUUUUAAAAAUAAGUAGUUGUUAGCAAAAUGCUCUUUUAUCGCAAUUCACCUUUGAAUUAGAACGCUUUACCCGAUAUAGUAUUGCGUUGUGUGACGACACAAUUGAAUGAGACGAUUGAACAAUUUGAAUGACAUGUUUGAUGUAAUACAACAAGAUUUUUCAUUGGCCGAUUACAGCCCGCCCACUUUCUCUAGCGGAUUCAGUGUAGCUGGAGAACUGUACAUAUCCACGUCUUAUAAAAGCCUUCGAUUUACGGGUCACAAAAAGCUGCGGACGGUUGAGGCCUGAAAUCGGUGUAUUCUUGUGUUGCUGUCUCAUAAACUCAAUAUAAAAAAAUCUUAACAUAUUUUCCUACUAUACUUGCGUCCAAACAUACCUUCAAAUAUUCAUUAAAGCCACACACCACCCGAAAACUCGCAGCUUCAAAUGAUUUCGUUUGUUGACGUAGCCAUGUUAGGUAGCCGGUCAAUUCGAACUCUUGCUAUUGGUAUCUAUUCAUAAAAUCGGUUGUAAGUUAUGUAUUCGCUCUUCAUUUAUUAUCAACACGAAUAAUUAAUAGAAAUUAAAACAUUUUUGUAUCAGAUUUUGUAAGUAGGUAAAAUAAGCUCUAGAUGAACGAAAAUGCUACAUAAGCCCAUUAGAUGGAGAUCGGCCGGCGCGGCCGCUCAUGACUGAAAGCCGCACUGCCGUGAGUUUAGCUUUUUGAAUAAUUAUCAUUUAAUAGGACUGGGGUGGUAUAUUAUUUAAACAAUUUAGCUAAAAUAUUUGUGGGGAAUUAGUACACAUCUAGACGCUAUUGUGCCAAUAUGGCAAUGAACCGGGAUUCGAAUUGACUGGCUACCUAACAUGGCUACGUCUACGAACGAAAUCAUCAAAAGCUGUGAUCGAGUUUUUGGGUCAUAUGGGGCUUUAAUAAAUAUUUGAAGGUAUGUUUGGACACAAGUAUAGUAGGAAAAUAUGUUAGGAAUUUUUUUAUAUUAAAUUUAUGAGACAACAACACAAGAAUAAAACUUUUUCUCAUUCUUCCUUUGAAGUUUUUAUCCAUCUAGCAUCGGACCGUCAUGUUUUCAAAUGCUGACUACUCCCGUAUAAGGGAAUUUGGGCGGACUUAUACAUAUGGACCAAUGAGAGUUUCUGUUGCAUUUCGCAAUUGUAUUACAAACAUAUUCAAUUGUGUCGUCACACAACGCAAUACUAUAUCAGCCAAAGCGUUCUAAUUCAAAGGUGAAUUGCGAUAAAAAGCACAUGUAUUGUCUUAAUACUUGAAAUGAAAGCUGAGCAUGAAUAUGAAAGGCAUGCUAAGCUUGUGAUAUCCUGUACAAACAUGUCUAAAAAUCUUUCCUGCUUUCAGAUAAUUUGUAAUUGAUACCUCUACCAGUUUUUGUGCUGAGUGAAUUACUGUUUUCAUUUAAUUGUAUGUCUGUUUAAACUUCCCUGUAAAUGUCAGUAGCAAUUAUUGUGGUGCAUAAAGAGUCUUUCAGUUUUUCUUUAUAAUUUCUUAAUGUCAUACUUUUUAUUUUAGCUCACUAGAGCUGAAAUUAGGUGCGAUUUUUUCUUAUAAAAGUUUGUCCAUAGUCUCUGUUUCAUUUGUUAACAUUUACAAUUUUAACUUCUCAAGAACAGCAUGACGAAUCAGUUCUCACAAAGUUCUUACAUAAUGUUGAUUUAAAGUUCAAAUGAAGGGCCAUGUCUUUUUACAAGGGAGAUAAGUGGGAAUAGGUGAUAGGGUGAUAUUAAAAAGAAUUUCUGCUCAAGAACCACUGAAUCUGAAAAGACAAAAUUUGUAUGAGCCUUAAUGAAGAUUCAAAUUUGUUCAGAUCAUAAGUCCCAAGGCCUGAGUGGGGCGACAGUAGGAGGUCAAAGUUGUACAUGGUAAUGCUUGUACGAAAUCAUCUUUUUAAGAAUAGUCAUUUUGGAGGCUAAGAGGGGUAUAUAAAAGAAAAAAUAUUUAAAUAUAGUCAAACCUUGUUAUCUCAAACUCAAUGGGACUGAGAAAAAACCUAGAGAUAUCCGAGGAUUCGAGGGUAAAAUUUUAUGAAAGAAUAAGUGGUUGGGACUGCCGAAUCACUACAAUAUAUCCAUGGGAUUUGAGAUGUUGGUUUGUCUUCGUCUCAAGGAGCACAAGGUGCGGUUUGUCAUAUUGAUAUGCAAGCAUUCACAUGUACUGUAAUGCAAGGUUGUUCACACAGUGCCCUUUGGGUUCAAGGUUCAAGGUGGGGUCACACAAGGGGAUGGGUAAUAAUUGGGUUUUGAUAUUUUACAUAUGAAAAUGUUGUAGCUGAGGUGAGCAAUGUGGCCCACGGGCCUUUUAUUUAUGUGCCGGUAUUGAGUUUUAUUGUCCUUGUCGGAGCAGUGGCAUGGAAGUACCUGCAGAUAAGAAAAUAUUUUGUUACAUUCAUGUUGCAUUUGAGACUGUACUUUACUUGUGAUAAUUCAUCAGAUACAUUUUAUAUCUUUGCAUUGAUGGUUAAGUGAGAGAUCAUUUAAGUUUUACACAUAAAUUCAUGGUUUUAUAC